AUGACCCUCCAUACAGCGGCACGGCUCUGUCUGGCAGUCCUCUUGCUCGUCCUUCCUGUCUACAGAGACACAGCACUCGUGCGUGGUGACGCCGACUUCCUCGAUGUUCGGACAGGUCUGGAUCGAGAUCGAAGUGGAAAAGGCGGAGAUCCCAAAGAUAAAUACUUCCAUGAGUCGACGUUUCAUCCUCACUACGAUGGCCGGUUUGCCGCCGCCCAGAUUGGCCAGGAAGAGCGGCUGCCACACCUGACAGCUCUCAUGCAGACCUUCUUGGCCACCAUGGCUGAUAUCGGGGCCGAGACUUGGAUAAUGCACGGAACCUUGUUGGGUUGGUGGUGGAAUCAGAAAAUCCUACCAUGGGACUCGGACCUCGAUGUCCAGGUGUCUGAAACGACCAUUGCCUUCCUCGCGAACUACUACAACAUGACUGAAUAUCAUUUCAGACUCCCCGGGACCGAGAAUGGCCGGACAUACCUUAUGGAGGUCAACCCGCAUUACACCAUUCGGGGCGUGGAUGACACGCUGAACGUUAUCGACGCAAGAUGGAUCGACACCGAGACUGGCCUCUUCAUCGACAUUUCUACUGUACGACCGAACUACACCGCCAGGGCGGAAGGCGUGCUGGGCGCUUUGAUGUGCAAAGACAAGCACAAGUAUCUGGAGGAGGACAUCUUUCCGUUGCGAGAUAGCUUUUUCGAAGGCAUACAUGUCAAAAUCCCUUUUGAAUAUACCGCAUUGCUGGAGGAGGAAUACGGCAAGAAAAGCCUCACCCUUACCACUUUCGAGCAGUGA